GAUAGUAAAUUUUCUACAAAAAUGAAAAAUAAACGGUUCAAUUAUCGAUAUAUCGAUAGACGUUGAUCGAUAUCGUCAAUCGAAUCGGCGCACAUCGAUCCUGAAUCCUGAUAAGAUGAUAACACAACACAAACACGCCAUGGAGUAGAAUUCUGAAAUUUGAGUUGCUUAUGGAACUGAAAAUAGUGUCAAUUUAUUAAUUUUCGUAUAGUUUCACUUCUCCUCGGUGUUGCUAAAGGUACAAUGAUCAUCAGAUCGUGCGCGAACAAAAUUAUACGCAGCAAUGCAAGUUCAGCUAUAUUGUCGACUAAUUCCAUACCCGGCCUCAUGAAAAUACCGCAUAGAACUGCUUGGAUAUUAAAAAGACGGGUGGAACCUCCCGCAGUUCCCAGAUAUGUAGACGCGGAAAGAGCAAACCUAGAAGACCUUUAUCACGAAUACUUGGAAGUAGAACAAACCGACGACAGACCAAGAGUACCGAUCAAAGUUGUCUUGACUCAGUUUGUUGAAGAUGUGGGCAAAAGAGGACAAAUUGUUGAAGUAGAUCCUAUAGACGGUUACACGGAAUACAUUUUAACUGGUAAAGCUCUUUAUGCGACUCCUCGUAACAUUGCCAAACAAAAAAUGCUGUCGGAAAGUGAAAUCGGCAAAUAUUCUUCUGUGACUGCAUUCAAAACUAUGAAGAUGUUAAGAAGUAUGACAUUAUCUGUGUAUCUAAAUAUGCACGAACCGUGGACUAUUGAACCGUGGCAUAUUCGAGUUAUGUUGCGACAAAGAGGUUUUCACGUACUCGAUGAUAGUUGCAUCAAGUUGCCGGAUAAAUUGAUAAAAGGUCCUAACUUAGAAUGGGAAGGAAAAGAUUUCGUUGUCACCGUUACGAUAAAUAACUGCGAGAAAGCUGAUAUUCGAUGUAGAUUACGUCAUUGGACCAGAACUUAUUCAGAAAAAAUCGUUUUGCCGCCGAACCACGAAUGUGUACCUUCGGAGCCAAUAUUUCCCGAGCAGAAAGAAAUUCUCGACAAGAUACCUUUACCAAUUUGGAAAGAAUACGAGUCCGUUUAAUUUAGUUAUCCGCAUAAAAUGUUCAUCAAUAAUAGUAUACUCUGUGUUGUUUGAA